GCCAUGUCGACGCUGAGCUACUACGCGGACGCGGGUGUUGUCCAGGACCCGGAGGACGUGCCAGUGAGGUUCCCAUCAGCUGCAGGAGUGGAGCAGGCGAUGCUGGGCGAAUAUGGCGGACAGGACGCGUGUCCUUUGCAGAAAUCCUCCAUUUUCGGCGCGUCCUGGGGUCCCAUGGCGGCGCACGCACCUCCCAACCCGACCACGCCGACCUACAUCCAUCACCACUACACCGGCAGCGGGGACGCCGACGGCAUGUUCGCCCGCUCCUGGGCCUUGGAGCCGGUGUCUGCGCCCCUGUGCUUGACCGGACUACCGUCGACGGCCAUGCAUUAUGAGAUCAAACCGGAGCCGCUGAUUGGGAGUGGCGAGUGCACGACUUUGGAGACGCACACUCCUCUUUUGUCUGACGCAGAGAGCGCCGCGGCCUUGGCGGAGGUUCCCUGCGAGGGCACAUCCACGUCCAAGCCGCCGGAGAAGAGCCCUUCAGCGGGGGAGAGGAGGGAGGUGGACGCCAACAACCCCUCGUCCAACUGGCUGCACGCCAAGCCCACCCGAAAGAAGCGCUGCCCUUACACAAAGCACCAAAUCCUGGAACUGGAAAAGGAGUUUCUGUACAACAUGUAUCUCCCCCGGGACCGCAGAUACGAGGUGGCCAGACUGCUGAAUCUGACCGAGAGACAAGUGAAAAUCUGGUUCCAGAACCGCAGGAUGAAGAUGAAGAAAGACAACAAAGACCGCAGGAGAGACAGUUAAGUGCACAUGUAAUAAUAGUCGUAAUAAUAAUAAUGGUGCGUUAGAGAGCCUGUAGGAAAAAAAUGAGUUUGGGUUGUGUUGUUGUUGUUGUUGUUGUUGUUGUUGUUGUUGUUGUUGUUGUCGUUCUGACCUGUUGUAGUUUGUGUUGUCGAAGCAAUGUUGGAUGUUUAUUCCCCCCCCCCCCCGGCCCCCCCUAACCCACGUGCGUGUUUGUGAGCUCCAUUUCUAUAGUGAAUUGUAUUUGGUAUUCAUAAUUUAAAUGCAUGAAAUAAUCCUCGACUACCUGAAUGUCUUUCAGCUACCUACUUGCAACGUUUACAUUCAUUAUUAAUAUUGUUCUUUU